AAUUUUUAUUGAUCAGAAGGAUUAUUCGGGAUCUUUCAUUCUCGGAGGCUGCUGCAUUUCUCAUCGAUCUCGCUCUUUCGUGGGGUUUUGUUUUGUUUCGAUUCUCGUUCUCUAGGGUUUUCUCAUCCCUUUUCGACCCCCAAUUACUCUUUUCUCUGUUCACUCAGUGUUUCUUCUCUUUCACUUCCAAUCUCGAUUUCCUCGUUGUAAGAACCCUCAAUCUCGCAAAACCCGCGGUUCAAUUCAUCGUUCCCUUCAAUCUAGGGUUUCGUUUCGAGAAUGCCACCGAAAACGGCGAAGCGAGGGUCUGCGUCGAGCUUCUCGAAGAGGGGCGGCAGAGGCGGCAGGGGAACCCUGAAGGCUUCACAGAACCAACAGCAACACGAACCUGCGGAAGAGACCGUGAAGGUCGAAGAGAAACAACAACCCGUUGUUGUUGUUGUUGCUGAGGAGGAACAGCACACAGUGGUGGUGGAAGAAGAGAACCCUGCUGUUGAAGAGAAACGGCUUGUGGUUGAAGAGAAAGAAUCUGUAGUGGUUGUUGAGGACAAGGCUAUUGACAUGAACCAAAUGGCUCCUGAGGCUGUGGAAGAAGCGUCCCAUGCGGCUAAUGGGUUGAGCGUGGCGAAAAACGAUGAAGAGGAGGUUAAGGAGUCCAUAGAUGAAUAUGAGAAAGAUGAACGCUUAGAUUUGGAGGAUAAUGAUCCUGAGUAUGAACCUGAGGAGUAUGGUGGAGUUGAUUAUGAUGAGAAGGAACUUGAACAAGAUGAGGGUCAUGAGGUGGGAAAUGAAGUAGAAGAAGAAGUGGCUGAAGAUAAUGUAGGUGAAGAGGGUGAUACAGGUGAGGAAGAAGUCGAAGAUGUUCACGAUGAACUUGAGGGUGAAGAGGAGCAUGAGCAUGAGCAUGAGCAUCCAGACUUUGCUGAUGUUGAGGAAGAGGAACACCGAGAAGUUGUGAAGGAGAGGCGAAAGCGGAAAGAAUUUGAAGUUUUUGUUGGGGGCUUGGACAAGGAUGCUACUGAGAGUGAUCUGAGGAAGGUUUUUGGUGAAGUUGGGGUGGUUACAGAGGUCAGGUUGAUGAUGAACCCUCAAACUAAAAAGAACAAGGGAUUUGCAUUCUUGCGUUUUGAAACUGUGGAACAAGCAAAACGAGCUGUAGCAGAGCUCAAAAAUCCCGUGAUUAAUGGCAAACAAUGUGGUGUCACUCCUAGUCAGGACAGUGAUACCCUCUAUUUGGGAAACAUAUGCAAGACAUGGACAAAGGAGGCUUUAAAAGAGAAGUUGAAACAUUAUGGAGUCACCAAUGUUGAGGAUUUAACUUUGGUAGAAGAUACUAAUGAUGAAGGAAAGAACCGUGGAUUUGCGUUUUUGGAAUUUCCCUCUCGUUCUGAAGCUAUGGAUGCCUUUAAGCGACUGCAGAGGAGGGAUGUUGUAUUUGGAGUUGAUAAGCUUGCAAAAGUUUCUUUUGCAGAUUCCUUUAUUGAUCCGGGUGAUGAAAUUAUGGCACAGGUUAAAACUGUGUUUAUUGAUGCAUUGCCUCCUUCAUGGGAUGAAGAUUAUGUCCGGGAUCUUCUCAGGAAAUAUGGUGAGAUUGAAAAGAUUGAGCUUGCCAGAAACAUGCCAGCUGCUCGUAGGAAGGACUAUGGGUUUGUUACAUUUGGCACACAUGAUGCUGCCGUUAAAUGUGCUGAUAGUAUUACAGGAACAGAGUUGGGUGAGGGACACAAGAAGGCAAAAGUUAGAGCAAGGUUGUCUAGACCACUCCAAAGAGGCCGCGGAAAACACAGUAGUCGUGGGGACUAUCGUUCUAGUCGGGGAUCUGGAAUGAUGACGAGGCCUUCAUGGGGCCGACCUGCACCUCAUUCUUUUCCUUCUCGUAGUGUAAGAGGAGUUGGAAGCCGUACUCCUCCUGUCAGAUCAGUUAGUGUGAGAGAUAGACGUCCUAUGAUGUCCAUACCAGCAAGAAGUAGGCCAGUGCCUCCUCCAUCUAGAUCUUAUGAUAGGAGACCAGUUGCUCCUGCAUAUCCAAAAAGUAGCAUGAAGAGAGAUUAUGGUCGGCGUGAGGAUAUACCACCUCCCAGAAGUAGAGUUGCUGUAGAUUAUGGCUCAAGGGUGGCUUCUGUAAGGCGACCAUCUUACAGGGAUUAUCCUGCCCGUGGUCCUGGCUACACCGAGCUCCCUAGAAGCACAUCUCGUGCUGCACCAAGGAGAGGCUAUGUGGAUGAUGGGUAUGGCCAAAGAUUUGAAAGGGCUCCUCCUCCACCUCCUCCACCCCAUCUAAGUUACCGUGAAGGACGUCCUCGAGAUUAUGAUGCUCUGUCUGGCUCAAAACGUCCUUAUGCUGCUAUAGAUGAUCUUCCUCCACGAUAUGCUGAUACUGGUGCUCGCCAAUCAAGAGCUCGUCUAGACUAUGACUAUGGUGAUAGUGCUUCGCAGUAUGGAGAUGCUUAUGGUGAUAGACUUGGAAGAUCUAGUGUGGGAUAUGGUGGUGGCAGCAGAAGUUCUAUUUCUAGUCAAGAUUCACAUGGGAUGUAUAGCAGUCGGCAGGGCAUGAGUUAUGGAGGAGGUUCUUUUGGUAGUGGUGAUGUUGGUGGCAUGUAUUCAUCAAGUUAUGGUGGUGAUUACAUUUCUCGUGGAAGUGAUGUUGGUGGCAGCUCAUAUUCAUCAGUGUAUUCUGGAAGGGGUGUGGGUGGUGGUAGCAGUUAUAUGGGUGGUGGUGGUUCAGGAUCUUAUUAUUGAGAUCUGAUAUGAUAAAGUGGCUGCUGUAGGAUGACCGUUGAAGCAUUAUGUCUACAAUUUGGAGACAAAGGAUUGCUAUUUAUAGCUUUUAUGAGAAUUUGUUACAAAAACUAGCUUAUCUCAAUUAGAGAUGGGAUGUAUUUAUCAAGUUAUGGUGGUGAUUACAUUUCUGGAUGGGAUGUAUUAUCAGUACUUGAAUUUAUGCUGUAUGGACUCAAGUUAAUUAGAGAUGGAAAAAGUAUUGAGCAGUGAUGUGUAAUUCAUAUCAUACUUGGACGGAUAAUGUGAAAGAUUUCCCCACUGCUCUAUCUUCAUUUUCAUUUGGACAGAGAUCAGACUAGAGAUGCUACUUGUUUGAUUAAGGCUUCAUGGAGUUUUACCUCCUGAAUUUAUCAAUAAGUUGAUUCUUUAUUUUGAAUCUCUAAAGAGAUGUUUAGUUACUUUGGAUGAAUUACUUUUUUGUUUUACAGUGAUAUGAUCAGAACAAAGGUGAACUCAUUAGCCCUUUGUUGAGAUAGUAGUAAUAAGAGCACUACUUCAGCAAUUAAUAAAGUCAAAUAGUUAGUUUCAUGGGAUUUAUUUGGCUUGGUGUCUUCCUAAGAUAGUAAAAAGCAUAAUGCACUGGUAAAAUUUGUUGCUGGAAUGAUUUGAUACUAUUGAGGUUUUUGUGCUGAGGGGGACUACAAGACAAUGCUAAAGAUGCAUUGAUAUCUUUCCUUAGCUAGUUAACUUCAUAGAUUUCCAUAUUGCAAUUCAAUAAUUUGUACUCAAUUGGUUGACCUCCACUGACAUGGACCUUAGAAGAUCAAUUGCCUUUGCAAUAUCUUGGGGAAAUGCAACAAUCAACUGAUUAACAGAUUAGCAGAAAAGGGUUGAGUAUAGUCUGUUACUGAAUGUUUCUGAAUUGGAAUUUAAUUAUUAAAGUUGGUUCAUUAUGUACCUGGUUUUACCACCCAAUCUGCUUAAUAUAGCCUAACCCUAACCCAAAGGCAAAGGUUGCUGAAAUUUAUGCUUGUGUGGAUUUGAUCUUGAUUUCAUGUUUAAGUGGGUGUCUCUUAUUACCAUACAAUGUUCAUUGAGUUUCAAAUACAUUACUAUUUUUAUUAGGCUCAAGGCACUGGAAGCUAUUGCCUAUGGAAUGGGGUAUCGAUUAUGUCUUCUUGGUGGACUCGCGUUUUAGACUACAAAGCUUGUUAGGAUUUAUGAAUAUGCUUUUUCAUAUAUAAUUUUCUCAUGCAUGUAACUUGGAUUUCAGAUUAUUGUUGCAUUAAUAUUCUCAGGUUCUUAGGCUAUUCAAAUUGUUAAUCUUACAAGUAGUUAAGUGCCAACUUGCCUUUCCAUUCUCAUCGUGACCAGGUUUCAUUUGCAUAUUCUUCACUCGGUGAGGGUUAUGUAGGUUUCAUUUUAAUUAUUCUUCACUUGGUGAGGGUUAUGUACUAACUUAAGUUUUAGUUUCCAGUUUGUUCUCUCUCACGGUGCAGGGUGUAAGCUCUCCUCAAGCCUUUGUUUGGUAACUCUCUGUAUAUACAUAUGGAAGUUUACCUCUUAUUUUUUGGUAUCUUGUUUUAUUUAGUUAUUAGAUGCUGUCACAGGUUCUUGUAAAUCAAUGUUUUGUGGAUUGAUUCAUGCAUGACAUUGUAAAUACUGGGUAAAGUAACAUGUUGCUCAGAUUUCUAUUUAUUCC